GAUGUGGUGGCAAUGGCAUGUCCUGGACGGUAUGUCGUUGGGCCGAACAUAUCAGAGGAGGCCAUAAAGAAAGCAAAGCAGAUGUCUUCCUCAUCACUGAAUGCAGAUCAUUCUACUUUCUUGAAGGAAGAUUUUUUCUCCUGGCGUCCAACAGAUUUGUUUGAUCUUGUUUUCGAUUACACGUUUUUUUGUGACAUUCAGCCAGAUAUGAGAUCAGCGUGGGCACAGCAAAUCCAAAACCUUUUAAAACCAGAUGGAGAGCUUAUUACAUUGAUGUUUCCUAUUGAUGAUCAUGCCGGUGGACCUCCUUAUAAAGUAUCAGUUGAAGACUAUGAAAAGGUGUUGCAUCCGAUGAGCUUUGAGGCAAUAUCUGUUGUUGACAAUGAAUUGGCCAUCGGAACUAGAAAGGGAAAAGAGAAGCUUGGGAGAUGGAAAAGAGCUGUAGGCAACCCCUCCCUAUGAACCGUGAUAACGGUUGUCGGCUAAUCGAGGAGCCGAGGUGGUUGAGCUCAAGAUCAAGGCAGUUAAUUUCAU